CCCCCCUGUUGGAGCCUCAUUCACAGGGAAUGGCACUGACUCCUGUGAAUGUACUCUGGAAAGGCUUGCUUGCUAUUCCAUUCAAACUGAUCGAACGGAAAACAGCAGAGAAAGGUCUGGAAACAUUCACCUGUUCAACUGCUGAAUGACAAGUUCAUAAACCGCUCAAGAAUCAUAACCCAAUGCCUGUGGUAUCUGGAGAGAAGAAAUGGACCGCUGGGUUCUAGACGGCGACAGCUACUCGUUCCUUCGUAGUCCACCACGCACAUUCGACCUGCAAAAUCUCGACGCGCCGAACCGCGUGGAGAUCUUCGACAUCACUGCAAUACCCAGCCAUCGUAGUGCCAUAUCUGAAACCACCUGCUUGUGUGACAUUUUUGGAGAUGAUUCGGAAUCCCUAUCCCUUUCCAGUAUCCCGUCCUCUACCACAUUUCUUCGGAAGGAAACAGAACAAACGGAACAGACUUUACCAGCGGACGAUGCCAACGAUUCUUCAGGGUCUUAUCACACUGCCAGUGGAUCUGACUCGGGUGAUACCACUGAAGUCACAUACGCCACACCUUCCCCAGAAAAUAUAAAGGAUGUUUCCACAUGUGAUACAAAUUCAUCACCAUUUGAUUCGACCAUCUUCUCAGACUCCAAAAAUGGACCUCUUCAUUGCACACCACCUCCAUCCCGUGUAAAUAGUGAUGACCUUUCACAUGCAGAGAACUGGGAAGAACCCCAAGUGUCGGUGAGCACCAGUGUUGUGAAUGAAACAGAAAAGAUGAAUGUGUCUGAACCACAGGAUUUGAAUUCAGCUACAAGUCUGAUUGCUUCAGAAAAUGAAUCUUUGGAGGACAGAGAACCUGCCUUCAAUGAGAAGGAAGUGAAUACAACACCUGAACAUACAAACACAAGCCCAAUUUUAGAUAAUGUAGUUUCUUCUGAAAACACAGAAGAAAUGUACAAUCAUAGUUCACAACAUGAAGAUUUUCUUUCACAACCGAUGGCUAGUAAUAGUAGAUCUCCUUCAGAACUGUACAACACUCCUCCAACGGAAGAUAACUGUAGCCCAAUUGCCCAUAUGCCUACUUCACCUCCAAACAGAGAUAUUAAUUUCAUACCUGAGCUCAAAGUGACAUCUUCCCCCUCCCCUGUAAGCAGAGAAAUUAGUUGCACACCUGUUUCCUCCGGUAAAUCUUCACCUGCCCUCCUGAAUUUAGGUUCAGGUCAAGCGGAGAACACACUGGAGUUUCAAGACUUGAAGGACACAUGUGGCACAACUUCUCUAUCCACACUUCCCACCGAUGAUAACAUGGAAAUAGAUUCCCCAACUAUCUCUACUGCAACAACAGAGUCUGUGUGUUCCACAGAUGCCAGAGAGACACCAGCAUCAUCUGAGAUCAGCGACAUCUGCUCCUCUCCCGAUGUCCUUGCAUCUGCUCAUUCACCAGAACUAGUAAUCAUUCACUCUCCUCUGGGCUAUACCAUCAGUCCAUCACCUACAAAUGACAGGAUGGUUUAUUCAACUGAACCUGAAGCCUCACCAUCCCCACAUGAGAUUGAAUGCCAUGAAAUCUGUUCAGCUCCAGCUCACUCACCAGAACCAGCAAUAGUCCACUCACCUCAGAGUUAUACCAACAACCCAUCUCCAACAAGUGAGAGAGAGGUUUAUUCAAUUGAAUCUGAAGCCUCACCAUCCCCACAUGAGAUUGAUCGCCAUGAAAUCUGUUCAGCUCCAGCUCACUCACCAGAACCAGUAAUAAUCCACUCACCUCAGAGUUAUACCAACAACCCAUUUCCAACAAGUGAGAGAGAGGUUUAUUCAACGGAACCUGAAGCCUCAUCAUCCUCCCCUGUCAUCACAGGCAUUGAUUACUGUGAUAUCUGCUCUUCACUUGAUCAUUCACCAGAACCAGAAACAAAUCACUUAACUAUGGAUUAUACUAUUAGCCCAUCACCUACGAAUGAAAUAAAGGUGUUUUCAACUGAAUGUGAUGAUCUACCACACUCACCUGCCAUUACAAGAACUGACUAUGUACUGACGCCAGCAUACAGUCGAGGUUCCACACCUGAGUUAAGAAGCAUCACCUCCACUCCAAACAGCAGACAAAACUACCUAACACCAGAACUUACUUCACCAACCCCUUCACUUGAACUGAGAUCAGUCACGUACUCACCUGAAAUGAGGACAAUGUCAUAUAGUGUUUUGCCACAAAAUACAAACUCUCCUACCAUUGAGAGCUUUACGAGUAGUGCUGUUUCAUUAGCUGAGAUUUUAGCACCUGAGGUAGAGAGAACCGUCUGUGACAACUGUUCUGAAAUGUCUAACUCUCUUUUUGGAGAAGAUGCCUCUGUCUCACCUGUCUCAAGGAAUGUUUUGUCAACACCAGGGAGUAUAUCAAGACCCUCAUCAAAUGCUUCAGAUCACAACAGAGAUAACGCAUUAUCCCCUGAUCUUCAACCAUCGGCUCUGGAAUCAUCCACUUCUCUUGAGCAGAUGGAAAAUCAGCCUUCACCCAUUAUCUGUGAGAGAAUGAAUCUUUCUCUAUGCCCAAUCGAAAGCAGACAUUGUGAUGAUCUCGCUCACACAAAAACCUUUGAACAAACUACAACAGUCCUGGAUGAAUUUAGAAAUGCCACACCACAGGUUCUCAGCCAAAUGCCUAUCUUGCAAGAUCCACACACAAGCACAACAACAGCAACACGAAUAGAAAAAGUGCAGGAAGUUGUCUGUGAUGACACAGAUUUAAAUACAGAAUCUGUUGAAAUUAAACAAUGUCAUUUAGAUGUUUAUGAUAACAGUGAAACAGAAAUGUUAAAGAAUGAUACUGCAAGUACUAACAUAAAGUUUAGCCAACUGCCUGUGGCAUUAAGUGAAAGCCCACAAGUGAUCUGUAAGGAUAAUGUGGGAGAAUAUGACAGGCAGCCAUGCAGAGAGAAAGAGGAGAGUGGAAAGAGAGGGGGAGAAGGGGUGGAGACUAUGGGAGAGGGUAGUUACAGAGGGGAACAGGUUGAGCUGUCAUUCAGUGCUAGGAAUAGAAAAGGGCCUGCAGGCCACAGCCCAGCUCUCUCAAGUCGAGACCCAAAGUCAGGAAUUCCAGCUCGCUGUUAUUUUGAGUCGCACCCAACGGCUCCGCAGCAACAGAGUCAGCUUAGAGCACAGGGCUCACAACAAGAGAACAAGAGUGGCGCCAGGAGGCUCCAGUCAUCCGUCCAGGGUAAAUUCAGCAGUGCAGGCUUUCUUCCUCCAGAGUGUCUUGGUGAGACCUCCAGCAUGGGAAGUGAGUUUGAUGAAGCCGACAAUGAAGUGAAGUGGUUUACAGAUCUGGCCUUCACAAGCCUCUCUAGCCCUCAGGUGGAUUAUUUGGAUAUGUACAAUUCAAGCCACAGGUCAUCUACAAAUGUGUCACAGCCAUCUACGAAUGUGGACAGCCCUGGUGCUGUCGCCUGGAUGAACUACGCAGACUUGCGUGGCUCAACGUUGCAUGAUCAUGAUGACUUGUUGCGUAGCUCCUCCUUUGUACCACAUGACGGCCUGGACCCGGCCAAACGCUUUGAGAUGGGGAGUUUUGAGUGUGUGGAUGUUGCAUUAGAGACGAAGGAAGAGUCAAGCAGAAAAAAGAGGACGGUACCCAAAAGACAGAUCCAGCUGCUGAGGCGGAACACAGAUGAGUCAAAGCCUACACAAAACACUGAAAAUGUUUUGGAUUCACUAUCCACCCCUAGACUCUCAAAGGACACCUUUGUUCGUCAACAUAGCACACCAGUCUUCGUUCAAAAGGAGAUGUCCAGGGAGGAGCCAGCUUCACCUCAGACUGACAGGAAAAGAAUGAUGCAGAAGUCUUUGUCUUUAGAUGAUGCCUCCCCUAAGACCCAAAUGGCCUCCUGCAUUAUCAAGAGCGUGCUGUCAAAGAAAAUGCAAGAUGCACAAAAUGAACCUUUAGGAGAUUUAAGUCCUACUGGAUAUAAAAACAGGCGUCCUGGUAUCAGUCCCAGCUCCUUUGAUGGCGUACAAAGUAGCACGGAGAAGUGUAGUUUAAGCUCUAGCCAACACUCGGAAUGUACUUUUUCAUCUGAAGAUUUUGCUUUCAAAGAGGAGAGAAGUCCACAGCCCCAACGUAAGAAAUGCGCUCCAAAAGUUCCUCCAAAACCAACUUUCAGACCUGCAUUCAUGCAUACUGGUGUAGCGGAGCUAACAAGAGAAGAAACUAGGCCCAAGCUGCUUUAUCCUUUUAAAGACAAAGCAUUUGUGAAACCAAAUGGCAAGAAUGAUAAGAAGGAGGGAAUGGGUGAUAACAAUAGGGACACAAGUGCUGCUGUUGCCACUCAAACAGUAACCAUGCAGAGAAGAAUGACAAGCAGAGACACAGAGCGACACACGACACAAGAAAACAGAAGACAACAUGGUGGUAAGAGCGUUUUUAUGUCAAAAACCCCAGAAAUAACUCUUAAACCUUCCACCAUCAAAGACAAAAAGAAGUCUUCUUUGAAAGUUUCACUAUCUCCUGAUAUAGAACGGUCCAGAGAAAUGUGUGAAUAUCAGUCAAUGGAUAAAUCUGCAGAAGAUGUGGAAGUGGAUGUUACAAACACGAAAGAUGAUGACAAAACAAAAUCUGUUAUACAUAAAGUUAGGGAUGUAAGGAAAUUAGUUAAAAACACCUACAACCUGUCUUUCAAAGCAUCAAACUCAACCUCCGCUGCAGAAGAUGCACCUAUUCAAGAGAAAAGAGAGAAGCCACCACAAGCUCCAGCCCUGCAAAUUGAAUGUAAAGCCAUCAGUUGGAAGGACAAGCAAACAGACAGUAAAGCAAUCCACUGGCAAGGUGGAACACAGGCUGUUGACAUAUCAAAAAUAUCACAACCAUGGCUGGCCGCAGAGAUGAGCAGAGAUACUGACAUCACUGAAAUAAAAUCUAAAGCCUCUUUGCCAAUGAUACGGUCAAAAGAUUCCCAGUGUACAACCUUUGGUGGAUUAUAUGAACCUGAUAAAAUUACUGAGAGAUCUUCCGGUCAAUGUAAUAUGAGUGCCAUGCAAGCGAUGCCCCCUAGACCCCCUAGUAAGGACAGAGAGGUUUCUGCAUUAAUGGUUCUCCAAGAUGGCACAUCCAAAAUUCAGAACUCCUUUGAAUCUACAAUCGCUGACUCCAAUCACAUAAAAGCAACAAGCAACAGUCAUUCUGUGUCCAUGCUACUGAAAGAGAAAGGAAUGCAGGCUGACAUUGGAGUGUGUGAUGUUAUAACUGUUGGUGAGAGUGCUACAGCUAAACAUGUGAAUAGGCUUGAGGUACCUUUACAGGCUUGUUUAUCAGAAGCUCAAGCAAGCUCAAGCUUGGGCAAUGCAGUACUUGACAACAAUUCCUCAAAGACCCACUGUCAAAAUAGCCCACAGUUAAAACCAAAGGAGCAAAGCGAGAGUGCCAAGGUAACGCUAGCAAAGGAAUCCCCGUUGCAACCCAGAAAGGAACAGGACAAGACAGAAAUAUCAGCAACCACAACUAUGACACAAAUUGCAACUAAUCUGACAUCUUGCAAGCCAGUGUUGAGGUCUAUUUCAACUAAUAUAAAAAACAACGCCACGCCAGCAACUGGAUCAAAAGAGAUUGAGUUACCCAUUCAAGUGAGGUCAAUAUCCAGUGAUAGACUUAAGCCAUUUGUACCACCAAAACCCAGCUAUAAACAGUCAUUGGCAGAAACUAAGUCAAGUGACCCACCUAAACCAGAUACACAGACAACAUGUGUUGUUCAACAGCAAACCAAGUUAUCGAAUGAACUGAAGAAAAAUUAUGUGAAUAAGGAUCAGCUGAACGAGGUCUCAUCAAACAAUACAAAAAGACUGGCUGUAUCAGCUGUAUCAAGCUACAAACCACCACCCAUCCCAGUAACAACAACUCCAAGUACAGUUCAGAAAUCCACAACAUUUACCAGUGUGGAUCAACCCCUAUCUUCAGCUUUCUUGCAAGCAACCAGUACUUCCCAGCAAAUGACCACAUCAUUCAUUCAAGACCAUUCAAUCUUAGCAAGUUCCUUUGCUUCCAACCCUUCUGACAAACCCACUGGUUCACAGACUCACAGCCGCACACAACCUGUGACAAGACCAUCAUCAAAUAACCGAUUUCACACAGAAGACUAUCGCUUCUAUGCUUCGGAUGACCCUCCCAGCUACGAUGAGCGAGAGAGUUUCAGCCCGGUACGGGUGUCAGAUUUACCCCAACAAAGGGGGUAUCAUCCAAGCACUAAACAAUCUGCAUGUUCUUGCACACAAACAUCCCACCCACAAGGCCGGACACCACCAGCCUCCCCAAGCCAAGUUCUCAGCUGUCCAGGAGCUCCUCCACAGGCUCAGGUUAGACCUCACCAGUCCAGGCCAGACGGCCAUGCCCUAAAUUACUCACCGGUCUCAACCAAUUCCUCAGCUCCCCAUGCUUCAGCUUUGGUUCAGCCUUUGCACCACCCACGAGCCUGCCCUGUCCCAAACACACAAUCCUAUAGUGAUGACCAACUGCUAGCUUCCGGGCCACGUUCGGAAAGGCGACCUAAUCGCUCGCCACAAGUGGUAGGUCCUGCAUCCUAUCAUGAGUAUGCUCAUUCAGCUAACAUGCCACAGUUGUUUAAUCCUCAAGAAUUACCACCAUCCUUUGCUCAUGACUAUGGACAUGACGGACCAGGUGGAGCAAGUGUACUGUAUCCAGAAAAUACAAGUGGGAUCAGCUGUGGCCAAGCUCCUCGUCGUGUCCUCCUCGAUCCAGACACUGGAAAAUACUUCUAUGUUGAGGUACCAAUGCAGCCGCUUAGAAAAAUGCUGUUUGAUCCCGAAUUGGGGCAGUAUGUAGAAGUUCUCAUACCGCAGCAGGCAAUGUCCCACUCUGGACUGUAUCCACCAGCUGCACCACCAUACUCCUCUCUGCACAAUCCAGGGUUGUAUGCACCACAGUAUCUACCGUAUGCAGUGCCGUCUUACCCGGCAAUUCCCAGCGGAGCACAGCAAGUGCGCCAUCCAGAAGCGCCUCACGUCCCCACCACACUUCACCAGACGUCCUUAAGGUACGGAAGCCCUGCGAGCCAGAUGCCAAGAAAUGAUCCAAAAGGCCACUCGUCUCUAGAUCAAAGCUAUUUAGAGAGCAUGUAUUACAUUCCCACUGGAAUCAACGCAAGCCCAAAUUCUACCCCUUCAGACUGUUACCACAAGCCAUCUUCAAAUUUGCCAUCUGGAGGAAGAAGGGUAUGAAACGUGUGGUCUGUUUACACUUUGAAAUUCUAUUUUUUGGUUUAUAAAAAGACAACAUUUAUAGUCAAAAGUUGUAAUUCGUCAAUUGGAAGAUUAAUGAUGCAGCAUUAAUGUAAUUUGUCUUUUGCUCUUAUUAAAAAAAAAAAUACAAAAAAAGGCCCCAGAACUCUUUAUUGAUAUGUCAUAUACAACGCUUGUCAUUCUCGUGUUCUUUAACAUUUCACUCAAACCCUUCACUUUCCUCUUAUGUAUAGCAUGUGCAGUGGUAGUUCUUGUCUUCAAAAGCAUGUCAAGCUUCAGUCAAAAAUGUCUUUAUUGCACACUCUUAAAAGUUACAAGUAUUUAAAAAGAUACAUUUAUAAAGGGAUUUAUUUUGUUGCAGCUACAUAAGUCUGUUUUUCUUUCAUUGUGUGAUGCACAUAAGCUCUAU